CCCUAUCCGCCCCAAGUUUCCAACACAUCCCCCGUUGCCCAAGCAAAGUACCAAACCCGCUGAGUCCGACCCGAUCGCCAAUCCCUUUCUUCCCGUGUCAUCCCUUCUUUGCCUACGGAACCCUCGAUUUGGUCGACGCCGCCCUCGCCGUGGAUCGAUUCCUAGGCGAUCGCGCCCUAGAGACGGCCGAGAUCGUCGCUGCUGGAUGGGAGGAGCGGCUUAGAGAAGAAGAGGCAGAGGCGGCGGCGAGCAAAGCGAUCGAGGACGCUCCGGCUUUCAGGCCAUCAUGUCUGCCGUAGUCUGCGGUAAGAGGUCAUCUUCCAUCUUCGACGAGCUCCUACACGCUAACACGCCGCCGGCCUCUAAGAGGGUCCGCUGCGCCUCCUCCCCGACCACUUCCCUCCGCGUCUCCCCGUCUCGGGCUUCCCCUUCGUUCGAUCUCAACGACGGUGAUCUGAUUGCGGCUUAUCUUGCCCGUCUGAGGUCCCUGUUCCCUGACAUGGAUCAGCAGCUUCUUGAACGGACUCUUGAAGUAUCUGGAAAUGAUUUAGAUUCUGCAAUAAAGAGUCUGAAUGAUCUCCGAUUAGGGGCAGCAGACUUCAACUUGGUCUCUGGUGUGAGCAAAUCUGAAAAUGGUGCUGAAAUGAAUGUUCAACUACCGACUGAAGGUACCAUGAAAGCAAAUGGUGUUGAUUCUGCUGCUGCUAUAGGUCUACCAAAUGUGGAUGCUCUUCCAACAGAUGGUUCUGAAUGGGUAGAGCUAUUUGUGAGAGAGAUGAUGAGUGCUGCCGAUAUAGAUGAUGCUAGAACUCGUGCAUCCAGAGCACUUGAGUUUUUAGAGAAGUCCAUCAUGGCUCGUGCUGGUGCUGAGGUGAUAGAAAAUCUGCACAAGGAGAAUAUGGUGCUAAAAGAACAAGUUGAAGUGUUGCUUCGAGAAAACAGUGUUCUGAAGCGUGCAGUUGCCAUCCAGCAUGAUCGUCAGAAAGAAUACGAAGAGAAAAGCCAAGAGUUGCAGCAUCUGAAGCAACUCGUCUCCCAAUACCAGGAGCAAGUUCGAACGCUAGAGAUCAAUAACUAUGCCCUCUCUAUGCAUCUGAGGCAGGCUCAGCAAGGCAGUUCCAUUCCAGGACGCUUCCAUCCGGAUGUCUUCUAGGAUACACUAGUUGCUCGAGAAAUCAGUCUAAACAUCUGAUUAGUAGGUCUUAGUAGUCUUUUACUGUUUAAGCAAGGUUGAACCUCUAAACACAUUGAUGUUAUGUAAUAUAUACAUUUAUAAUAUAUUAGAUUAAACUGA